UUCUGUUCUGUGUUCCGUGUACAUGUCAGAUUGCUUAACAUAUUUUUCAAUAUCCGUUGUUAAAUUAAUUAUAACAUAUUCAAUUGUGUAGCAUUAACUAUAUUAUUUAAGAAAAAUCGUAAUUAAACUCACCAAGAUGCUCUACCUUGAAGAUUAUUUAGAAAUGAUUGAACAUCUUCCUCAAGAAUUGCGGGACAGGUUCACAGAAAUGCGGGAAAUGGAUCUAUCUGUUCAAAAUAAUAUGGACACAUUAGAAAAGCGAGUGCGCACUUUGUUUGGUGGCUGCCGACGUGGUGAGAUAAACACAGACCAAGCCAAUACAGAAUUUACUGAUAUAAAGAAAGGUUACACUAAAACUCUUGAAGAAGCAGAUGAGAAAGUAACAUUGGCAAAUCAAAUGUAUGACUUGGUAGACAGAUAUCUUCGAAGGCUAGACACAGAGCUUCACAAAUUCAAAUGUGAACUGGAAGCUGAUAAUAAGGGUGUAACAGAGCUGCUAGAAAAGCGCUCACUGGAUCUCGACACAAAUACUAAUCAUACCAGCACAUCAAAUAACAACCAUUAUAAGGAUAGCAGGUACCGUAUAAGGGCUGAGAAGCGUCGUGACAGCUGGGCAACUCGUGAUUCACGGGCUCACCAAAGCAAUGGAAGCAUUUCCAGAUCAGAAUCUGCUAUUCCGGCUGCACUGGGCAGAGAUUCAUAUUCCUUGGGACACGCUGGUAGUGCCAUCGCAGCUGCCGCAAGUCAAGCCAUAGCUGCUACACAGCAGAUGCAACAAGGCCGACGUACGGCAUCGUUAAAGGCAUCAUACGAAGCAGUGGCUAGUGAAUUGGCACACCAAGCGCACCACCAUGCGCACCAUUCUCACCACGACCACAGUCAAACCCUUCCGACAGCCCACAGCCAGGGUACCAGUGCCCACUCAACAUCAACUACAUCGACAAACAAGCGGCAUACCAAACAAAAGAAAAACACCUACAGCUCUUCGAGUAAUGUUUCAUCACUGCAUUCCCAACAAUCUGUCUCAGCAGCUGCAAGUCGAUCUUCGUCCCCCACUGUUGGGGCAAUGAAUACUGUGGUUAACAAUGUAGCAAUUGAAGAACCAAUGGAAGAGGAAUGGACAUACGACCCGAACGAGCCACGUUACUGCAUCUGCAACCAAGUGUCUUACGGGGAUAUGGUUGCUUGUGAUAAUCAGGAUUGUCCAUAUGAGUGGUUCCACUAUCCAUGUGUUGGAAUUACUGCACCACCGAAGGGCAAGUGGUAUUGCCCGCAGUGUCAAACUAACAUGCGUAGAAACCGAGCACAUCGCAAGAACUGACUUCAACUACAUGCAGUUAUAAAGUUGAAACCAUUUUGACUGUAAACAUUUAAUAUUAACCAUUAACGAUUAAUCAUGAUUACUAACAAUCAAUAAUGAAACUUAAAUACUAGUGGUCUCAAUGUUUAGGUAUCAAUUAGUCAUUUAAAUGUUUCAAGCUUAUGUUUUAUAAAAGCUAAAUUUACAAAUAUACAUAAAAAAUAUAUACAUGCUUGUAUUAUGACAAGUUUGAUUGAUUUUGCUUUGAAAACAUCUCGAAAAUUUAAAUAAAAAAAUACUAUUCUUGAUCGCCAGAACCAUUCAUGUCAUGGCCACCAAAAUAAAAAGCAAAAUAGGCACUGGUAUGAUAAUUAUACAUACAUUAUUUUUAUUGUAUUAGGAGACUGCCAAAUGGGCCAGUUGAUGGGAGGUGGUCAACACUGCCCAUAGACAUUGCUAUUAUAAGAAAUAUUAACCAUCCCUUACAUCGCCAUUGUGCCAUCAAUCCUGAGAACUAAGAUGACAUACAUCUUGUGAUUGUUGAUUGGCUUACUCUUAAUUCUUCAAACUGGAACACAACAAGUAUUGCUGCUUAUUAGAUGGGUGGGUGGCACAAACCCAGACGGAUUUGUACAAAGCCCAUUACCAAGUAAACAUAUUUUUAUCAAUUAACAAUCCUAUGUUCUACAAAACUUUUUGUUAUUUUUGUAAACAAGAUUUAUUAAACAAUUAAGAAAAUAUAUAAAUUCAGUGCUUUUGGUAGUAUACACAUAGUGGAAAAACAAAUGUGCAAAAAUGGUAUUCACUUUUAGAUAUUUAUUUAGUAAUAAAACACUUUUUUACAUUUGUAGUAAUGUAUGUGCAUUCAUUCCUAUAUAAAAUCAUAACUAAAUUAAAAAAAUACAUAAACUUAAGAAUGAUUAAAUGUAUAAAAAUACCUCAUUAUCUUUGUAUAUCUAUAAUUAUCUGUUUGGUAAAUCUGUCUUAAAUAUUUCACAAAUCUUAGUCUAGGAAUAAGACGAUAUUGUAACAUUAGAUAUGCUCGCAUUUCACAAUGUAUUAGGUAUAAAUCAUAAGAAUGUAAUGGUAAAUAAAGCUUUUAAGUAUC